UAACAAAGACUUCAACCAUCAGAAUAGUUUACUCUCUCAGUCUGAAGAAGAGAAGAGGCUGACUUGAAGAAGAAGAAGAAGAAGAAGAAAUAAAACAUGGCGGGUUCUCGAUCAUCGGACGGCGAAAAGGAGAGGCGAAGUUCGGUCAACUCUAGCAGAUGGAAGAACGAGACGAUGAAAGUCAUACUUACCGAUCCUCAAGUUCUCGAUUGCUAUAUUUGUUGCGUGCCCUUGUCCGUUCCUGUUUACCAGACUGUGGAUUUCCAAUGGAAGUUAUGGAUUAUGAUAAAAAUUAAAGAAAUAUGCCGAAGUUUUGAACAGUUAUUGGCAAAGAUCGUGGAGUGUGAGAAUGGGCAUAUUUCUUGUUCUAGCUGCUGCUCCAAAGUUCACAAUAAAUGCCCUAGCUGCAGCUUGCCAAUUGGCUACAUGCGUUGCAGAGCGAUCGAGAAGGUUCUUGAAUCAAUUAAGAUGCCCUGCCAAAACUCAAGAUACGGAUGCAAAACUACAACGAAUUUGAACCAAAUAAAUGAGCAUGAGACAUUGUGCCCAUAUCAACCCUGUUCGUGCCCUUUAUCUGAUUGCUCUUAUGUUGAUUCGGCAGAGCAUUUGGGGUCACACUUCAGAAAAAGGCACCAAGACUCCGCCAAAAGCAUCUCAUACAAUUCAAGGUUCACAAUAUGCUUGAACAGUGAUGAUAAAUAUUGUAUCUUUCAAGCAGAGAACGAUGGUGUUUUGUUUGUCCUCUCUUACUCGUUUGAAACUUUUGGUGAUGCGGUUACUUUGAAAAGGAUUGGACCUCGGUCGUCUGAGAAAAAGUUUUGUUAUGAUAUUAAAGCCAAAUCACACGGGAAUGUUCUUUCUUUGCUAUCAGUGGCGAAGGAGAUCCAACGUUGGACUGAAGAUCCUCCUUCCAAGGGAUCGCUUUUGAUUCCAAAUGAGUUCUUCGGAUCUUCUUCAGCCCAGACGAUCUUGGAGAUUCGCAUUUGGCCUUCACGCUGAGGACCAACAUUGAGGAUCAUCACAGGUGCACAUUCAUUUUAAAACAAAGCUCAAUUAUUGUUUAAACUGUCUUAACGUUGUUGGCUGGCUCUGAUCUUUGUCACCUAAACUUUCUAUCUGGGGGGGAAGGACUUGGUGCAUGCUUUUGUGCAUAUCAUCAUCUUUUAUCAUGCAUAUCCAGUAAUAAAAUGCAUCUUUUGUGUAUGAUAGAUGGAUAGCAUAUUCAACAUUGUCCAAAAUUAAAGAAUUUAUUACACUUA